AUGGAAGCAGAGAGGGCAGCCUUUGACCCGCGUGGCUUAUCCGUGCUGCAGCUCCUGCAAAUCUUGGCCUCCAUAGUGCAAGAGAUCAGCAGGAGACAUCGUGAAGAUAGUUGGGAGGAAGUCAUUCCAGCCGCUGCUGACACCAUGCCGGCAAUGCGCAACUUUUCAGCUCUGCCCUACGCAGCACCUGGACAGGAGCCGCAUCCACAUUGCCCAUUCCGGUGCCAAUUCUGUGAGAAUAACUGUGCUUGCAUAGAGCCGGGACAUCGGAGCCACAAGUGCCGCGCAUCUGCAAAAAGCAAGAAGGGGCAAAAUGAAAAGAGUAACGUGGACAACGAGGCACAGGAAACCAGGAUUGCUACAAGAGAGUAUCCAAUCAUUUCACUGCUGGGAGGCCAAAAGCACAAAAAAGAUGAAGAAAGCGGAAGAUACAGCAAAAUCGGCAGACUGGGGCCGACCAAGAUCUUGAAGAUCGAGGAGCUAAGCCGCAACGGUGCAGAGGAACGUGGUGCACCGUGUGGUAAGGAUUGGGACACCUUGUUUGGAGAAGAUUGCGAGACUGUCUGGGGAAUCUAUUUUGAACGUCCUGAGGUUGUUGAAGAAUCCUCCCACGCGAUGAAAAAGAGUGCAGAAGCACUAUCUAAAGUCAAGGAGGCCUCCACCAAGGUGGAGGGGAAAGAGAAAGUCCUGAGUGAAGAAGACCUCAAGUCGAUGUUCAAGCCGUCAGAUGCCCGACAGGUCAAAUCCAAAAACCAGAUUGAGGAGGAAAGAAAAAGGGAAAUCCAGUUCCCAAACAAUCUCCUCAAGAGGUUUUGUGAGCAUGCCUGGAAAUUCAGCCCAAAUGAAUGCAUGGCAUGGAUCACGGGAACAAUAGAGGAGGAUCCCAAGACCAAAGCCAAGAUCAGCUACGCGACCACUUUGUACUUUCCCAAGCAGACUGGGAACCAAUUUCGGGUUGAUGAGGGAGAGGAUGUCCUCGGAACAGGCUUGGUGGAACAUUUGUCUCAAUCCAAGACCACAGUAGUGGGAUGGAUUCACAGUCAUCCGACAUUCGCCGCUUUCUUCAGCAGCAUCGAUGCCCACAUGAUGUUCUUGCUCCAGUCCCAGCUACCACAGGCAUAUGGCUUGGUGAUGGACAGCGAGAAGAAAGUCCGCUGUAUGAGGCUGAGCGAUGCGGGGAUGAAAGCAGUUUCAGAGUGUAAGGAAAGCUGUGAGGUGACGCAUGAACAUUCCAUUGACAACGAGGCUGCCGUGGAAGAUGUCCCCUACUUUGUCCACUAUGCAGGCAAAAGGAGUCGCCUCUUGAUCUUUGAUGAAAACAUGGUUCCAGAGAUCCUCAACUUGAAAAUUGUACAGCAGAUUGAACGCUUUGUCUCGGAAUCAGCUGAGAAAAGGAUUGGACAGCAAGUUCUGCCUGAAGGCAGCUCAGAUAUGGAUGAAAAUGAGGUUCCCAGGAGGGCUCCUGCUGCUGGAGUGGAAACAAUUCGGGCAAACAUUGAGUCCCUACAGAAGUUCAAGAAUUGGAUGCUUGCUUCCAUGAGCGUUUGCUUUGGUGAUCCGCCAGCUGCUUCCCAAGAGCUCCGUGCCAUGGCUGCGGAGGUGGCUGAUGCCAACCCAUCUAUGAAGCAAAUCCUCGAGGAUCUUGAGCUUGGGAAGGACUCCGCAUCUGUGCUUGAUUUUUCCACCUUUGGGGCAAGAUUGCAAAAAGUGGAAGCAGAGCAAUUGGACAUCCAAAAGGACUUGGAUCAAGCAGGCCCGGUGCGGAGGCGCCGAGGCCGGCCCUUCGGGGCCAAAGGAAAAAAGAAGAAGCAACAGAAGGACCCGCAAGAAGAGUGCGGAGAGCCUGGAGGGCCUUCUGAGAAGAAACAGAGAAAGAAACAAAGAGGAAAGAAAAAGAAGGCCAGCAAAGGAGAAGAACAGGAACAGGCUGUGGAUGUGGAGGGGGAGGCAGACGAGGACCCCAUUGUCACUGAUGGAGAGCUGGAGGAGGAGGAGGAUGAGCCCAACAAAACGGUCACCAUACCUUUGUAUGCCAAGUGCUUGGUUGUGGAGUUUGCCAAACAGGUCAUUGCAGAAGGGACAGUGCACAGUGUAGAGCGUGAGGUGAUGACCAAAUUUAAGAAGUACUUCUUUUCCUAUAAGAGCGGGCAGUGGAAGAGUGGACUCCUGGGAAAAUGGAUGAAGACAUAUGAUGCUGAACGUCAUGAUCGGAUCCCAUGGACAGAGAUGAGCUUGAAGCAUCGCAACAACCUGAAGCAGCUACCAGACUGGCUCCGACGAGCCAUGGGCCUUCCUCCAAGGUUCCGAAAGGGCCAUUCCCUGCAAGUUCCAAUUGAAGUGGAGGCUUGCUUCAACGAUGUGCUGGAGCGUAUGCUUGCAGGCUUCGCCAGGGACUUGCAAGCUGUCACCAAUUUGAAAAUGCCUGUGCUGGUUGACACCGCCCAACAUAUUUUCACUUUGUGGUCAAAGGCUUACGCAAAGCUUUGCAAGGACUCCCAAUGGAUUGACCAUGAGGUGAAGGAGCAGCCAAUGCGGCAGAAGCCGAUAGAUGCCCGCUGGGUUCACCGCUUUCUCUACAAAUGGCAAUGGGCAUACCAGGCAUCGAACACCAAAGGCGCUUACCUUCCUGAUGAUUGCGAAGAGAUGCAGGAGACGAGACAGGCCCACAGGGCACAGCGCACAAUGAACAACGUCUCAUGGCAGCUCACCCUGAACUUUGACCAACUCUGGCGAUCAGCUUGGGAACCACCCGCCAAGGUUCUUCACAAAAGAAGGGCAAGGCAGGCAGACAGGGAGGGGGAGGCUUGGGGCGAGACCCGGCCGGAUGAUUUACUGGGCAAGCAGUUGAAAGCAGUAUUGGCAUUGGCAGAGAAUGCAAUGACCUCCAGGAUGAAGCAAUGUGCAAAGCCAUCCAAGCUCCGCCGGUCUGCAGCCCGCUCAGAGUUUGUUGUGGGAGGACGUGUGGGGGUGACAGCUGUAACGAGCACAUGGGCUGACGGUACGAUGGGGCCGUUAGGUGUUUGUGUGGCAUCAGGCAGUCUACCUCUGGCCUGGAUUCAGCAAAUGAACUCCGAUUACCGUGGGUUCGUUUACAUUUUUGAGUCUGGUACAGAGACCCACUUCAUGAAUGCAGAGACUACCAUGCUUUACCUGACGGAGUUGAUUGGACCUGCGCUAGAGCUCCGACGUGCAGCUUUGAAGCUCGACAGCGAAGACCCAGCAAUGCUGAUUUGCGAUGGAUUUAGCGGCAACUUCGCAACUGCAGACAACCAGGAUGCUCGCCGCAGCCUUUGGGCAGCAGAAAACAAUGUGAUCCUUCCGCUCAGACCUCCUGGUGGAUGGAGUUGUCACGGGCAACCGUGCGAUGCCUUCCACCACGUUUUCCGAAAGCUGGGAAACACCUACAUCGACUCUGUUUUAGGAUACAGGGAUCCAGGUUUGCUACAGGCAUCACGGCCCUUUGAGAUCGGCCUAAAUGGGCAAAAGCAUUUAUCAGUGUCUACGCAGGACAACGUCAAAGCACUGAUCUUUGCCUGGCAGGAGAUGCUGUCAGAUGAAGAGAUGCAGCAAAUGGAUGUGGAAGCUGGCACGCCAUUCCGAGAGUUGGUGCCUGACAUUCCCAUCUUGGUCCCGCCAACUAUUGCAGAGGCUGUUCGUGAAGCCUGUCCCGGAAGAAUGGUGCACGUGUGGCAAAUGAUGGACCCAGAGAGCCCUGAUGCGGAGGUGUGGUUGAACUUGCCCAUCCUCAUGCAGCAGCAUGCAGAUCGCGCUUAUUCACAAUAUCAGCUCCAGAUCUACGAGGCCAGCAAGCGUUUGGAAAGAAAGGAGAUCAAGCAGGCUAAGUACAAUGCUGCUGUGGAUAAUUGUAUCAGGCCUCUAAUCCUGAUGCACAACACGGGGAUGCCGGCCACUCAAAGAUAUGUGAAGGAACAUUUGCAGCAGGGCCCCGAUGGCACCAUGAAGCUCAAGGUGGGCUCCCGAUCUACCAUCAUCUUGUUUGACUUCAAGUUGAAGAGGGUGAAGAUUGGGGCUUUGGGGUGGACAAACCUCCGAGUGCUGCAGGUGGAGACCAAGCUGAACUCUUUGGAGAUGGAGGUUGACAAGUCUUUUCUGCAAUCAGUGGGGCUGCCUGGUUUGGAGAUCUACGACAGCCAGGAUUCUCCCCGGGACGAACCAGAGCCAAAUGAGCCUCAUGAUGCAGCAGAUGAUUUGGCAGCCAAUCAGCAAAUGGUGCUUUGCUGGCAGGCGGAUGGGGAGGACCUCGAGACCGUCUUAGCAAAGGAAGUUCAAAAUUGGAUGGACAACCAGGACAAGAAUGAGUGCUAUGUGCCCGAUGAUAGCAUUUGUGCACAGGAAAACAUCGGAUCUGAAGGUGAAGAAGAAGACCAAAUCAACGUGCGCUUCGAUGAACAUGGAAACUUAAUCGCCAGCAUAGAUGAGGUGGAGCUAGUGGCAGAGGGCUCUACAAAAUUCCAGCCAUCAGGAACUGUGGGAGGUGUUAUUUGUUUAACUUGA